AUGGCUGCCGCAUCGGGCCAGUCAAGCUGCCGACGGGCUUGCACAUGCGCACUGCUGGGCUGCCACCAGACGACCAGGCGGCCGCGCCAUGGCCAACGAGUGCCCGAGCUACCACCGGGCAAGCGCACGAGCGGGUCGCCGCGCCGCUGCCGGGCAAGCGCGCGAGCAGGACGCCGCGCUGUCGUCGGGCAAGCGAGCGAGCGGGCCGCCGCGCUACAGCGUCGGGCCACCUUGCGCUCUUGGUCUCCCGCCGCCGCCUUGAAGAUGUUCGGCGUCGGCGCGAUGCCGAACUCCAUGAGCGGCUGCGCCUGGGUUAGCCAGUGCCUGGAGGGUGUGGAGCGGAGCACGCCGCCGAAGGGCUCGUCGGUGGUGAGCAGCGUCAGGAACGAGUUCCUGCCCACCUUCCACAACUCGAACUUUGGCGACGCGCCGUGGGAUUCCGAGGAUCUCCCAGACUCACUGCGGCGGCGGAGGAGGAAGCGUCCCCAUGACGCCAUCGAUUGA